AUGACGGUGGCGGAUGGAUCCAACGACCGCAAUCAAAGAGAAACUAGCCACAAAAAAACCGAGUUACUUAGCUUGAGAGCAGAGGUUGAAGCCAAAGAAGAGAAGAUUCGCAGUUGCGCGGAGCAUUUCGAUCGCAUGAAGUUGGAAAUGAAUACAGCGGGUACUCGAUUGGCGGAGGAAACAGCAUCGUUGAAAACGGCGAAGAGUGCGCACGAUACGCUUGUUGGAGAAAUUUUGUCGCAGGAUCAUUGCCUGGAGACAAUUCAGCAAGCCAAACAUUUGGAGUCUCUCAGGCAACUCGCAAAGGACCAUUGUGAUUACUAUCAUAGCGAGCUUGAAAAGCUGAAAGAAGAUCAAACACUCAAGAAAGAGGCCCUGGAAUAUAAGAUACACAGACUUAAUUCGCAUUGGGAGUUUAAUCACUGGAAAGAAGAUUUGAAAGUCAAGGAACACGUUGCUGCUGCUGUGAAGGAGGCCGUGGAUAAAGCAUUGGGUCAUCAGAGAACAGAGUUUGAAACUGUUUUGAAGGAGGCUGUGGAAAAAGCAUCAAGCUGUAGAAGCACAGAGUUUGACACCGUUGGGCUAGAGGUGCGAACGACUUUCGUCGAGAGUCAUCGGUUGCGUAACCCAAGUUCUUUUGCCCCUACCCAGGCACUUAUUCCGUAUGGAUCUAAAUCGGCUCUCGAUUUUGAUGUUCUUGCCGACAUGAGUCUAUACCUUGAUCCUCACAUACCAGGACAUCGCACCGACGACGAAACAUUCACUCGAAUAUAUGGUAUCAAAUGGACUACUGCCCAAAGAUUCCAAAUUUUUCCCAAGUUUGCAGAUUUGGUGAACCAAUAUACUUUAGCAAAGAGCCACAGUCCACAAACAUUUGAUUCCACGACCUUCUUCAAAGUUUGGUCGCGCAUGGGUGUCUCUUUCGAUGAGGCGGACUAUGGAGAGGUUAUUGCAUGGCUGAGUAACAUCCGGCAAAUGUUGAAGACGACUGUCGAUCUGAACCUUGCCUUUUCUGAUAUCAAAAGAACGCAUAAUAGUGAUAGCACUCAGACCCAUGACAAAGCGACAAGGCGGCGUGAAUUGGAUGGCAAGAGAAUACAGGAAAUAUUGAAAAAGAAAGAGUUCUGUGCUACAUUACGCGCUCUUCCACGCCAAGCCGGCUUUGCAAUUCGAAAUCGUCAUUUAGAAUGGCUGAAAACUCCGCAAGGAAGGGAUAUGACUAUCAUUGAGAAGGGAGGCGAGGUCGCACAUUAUGCUGACGCUUUACUUCACGCUGUCAUGUUUGUCCCUGAGCUGUUUGAUUACAAGUGCGAGAUGCCUUAUGAUGACGAGCUAUACAGACAAACUUACCACCAUUCUCCAGUCGAAAUUAUUUCAAUGGCUAGCCAUGAUCGCCUUAAGUCAUUGAUCAAAUUGAUUAACUGGUUCGCUCGCAUCAAACAAUGGCGCACUAAUCGAGAUUAUCUCAAGUCAGAUUUCGUCACAGAGAGUGGGAAACAUGGCAUAUAUCCAUUCACAGCUCAUAAGCGUGAAUGGCUGUGGUUACCUAAGUGGGAAUCUAUCCUUCAAGAACUAGAAAGCUUGUAUUUGAAGGAGGAAAAUAUGAACAAGAUAAAAUAUCGACUCGAUCAACCUAUUUCCUUAGAAGUCGAUCAAACCCGACUUGGUAGAGAAGAGUUGUCAAGCAAGGAUAUUCAUUCAACGGAGUCUCCAAUCAAGAAUAAUAGUCAAAUAGAAGAAAGCUCGGAGCUGGGUAUGAGUCAGAGUCAAUAUUUUAAGGAUCAGAUUGAUACUCCACCCCGUGAGAAUUAUGGUCUUCCUCUCCAACAUGUACAAAUUGGCUGGGAUGGAUUUCCGUUGGUAUCCAGCGUCAAAGCAUCCUCUGAUGAAGUUUAG